AUGGUCAACAAAUCCAAACGCAAGUCCGAAGGUGAUUUGCCGAAUUCUAAGUCUAGAACUCGUAAUAAUGAUUCGUCCAAGUACUCAGUGGAUAAGAUGAAAGAUUCGGAUUAUGAGGAGGAUUCUACGUGUGGUACGGAUCAGUCCUACAGGAAGAAGGUGAAGAAACUUGGUAAAGAUAGGAAUGGAGAGAAAGAGACGAAUCAUGAUGAAGAGUCCAGUGAUGUUACAGACCAUUAUGACACAAAGAGUCUGAGGAGGGAUGGUAAAAAGAAGGGGGAGGAGAAGAAGAAAGGGAGAAGGUCGGAGCCUGUCCGCGUUAGGAACAGAGAAUUAGGAGGUUUGGAAGAGGACGAAGUUGAGGAUGAAAAUUAUGAGGAUCCGGGACGGGAGGAGAGCAAUGAGUUUCUGGAGUUGGACAAUCUUGAGAGGAAGAAAAAGAAGAGUGUCGAAAGAGCGAAAGCGCUGUUUAUGGAGAAGUUUGUUGAGUCCGUGGAGAGAGAUGCAGAAGGUUUCAAGAGAUUGGCGGCAGAAUUGGAAAAGGAAUGGUUGACUGAACAGAAGAAGUUCAUAACCAGCUUCCAUGCUACUUACGCUUUGGCAUCGCCAUUUAGAAUCGAAAAGAAAGGUGCGAAACAAGAUAAUGACAUUCAUGAUUUCGCCUUGAAUCAUGGAAAGGGUAAAGAUUUGAUUGCACGGGCUUUGGAAGUAAUUUCUCAAUUCGACAAGCUGGCUAAGAAGAAUGUUGCGAAGGAGUUUGACGGAUUACUUGGUAAUGAAUGGGGUAAAGAGAAUGAGCAGAUUGUGAAGAUGCUCGAACUGGGAAAGACUGUAGGGUUGGAUAAGUUUGAGUGUAUCAUCAAUGCUUCAAAGCCAAAAGAGACCUUAAAGACGGAUGCGAUUGAAGUCUCGAACAAAAUCUUCCCAGUUGUUGAGGAGGGGGAUUCUAUUGGAUGGGGAAAGGAGGCAAAGAAACAUCAGAAGGCGAAUAGGAAAUUGCUCAAGGCUUUUGAGAGCAAGGUUUGA